CGGGCAUAUGGCGAACGGUGCGUCGGCGGAGGGACGUGUACGUGUGGAGCUAUGUGUAGCCGAGUGUGCAUAAUAUUUUAAUUAGGUCUAUAGUCCCUACGGAGACUGCUGUGAUCUUCGGAGAUUGGCCAUGGGUGUUAGAGGCUUGCAGGGAUUUGUGGCAAGAGUUUGCCCUGAUGCGUGCCAAACGGUAGAUCUGAGAGAAAUGGCAGAAAAGCAUCGCGCUGACCAUCCUGACUGCCCGCCUGUUAUCGUAGUAGAUGCCAUGAGUUGUGUUAGACGCUGGUACACGCCAGAAUCCUGGGUGUGCGGCGGCCAGUGGCGGGAGUACCUUGCCAUUUUACAGGAUUUUAUCAAUGCUUUUAUGGCAGCUGGCAUCAAGUUGGUGUUUUACUUCGACGGGGUGGUAGAAGAGAAAAAGAGAGAUGAGUGGAUCAAACGGAGGAUGAAGAAUACUGAGGAAAUAACCAGAUUAUUUCAGUUUAUCAAGACUCACAGGAAACAGCCAGGCAGGGAAAUGUUUGUUCUUCCUUCAGCUCUGCCUACUUUUACACGUUAUGCCCUGAAAUCACUUGGUCAAAAAACAGUCUGCACAUUGCAAGAGGCAGACUUCGAGGUGGCUGCAUACGGUUUGCAGCACAACUGCAUAGGAAUUCUGGGGCAAGAUAGUGACUACCUCAUCUAUAACACAUGUCCCUACUUUUCCAUUGAGAACCUCCGUUUGGACAGACUGGUCACUGUCAUGUACUCUCGAGAAGUCCUUUGCCGUGUGCUGGGUAUUAGUUUGACACACCUUCCUCUCUUUGCAUGCUUGCUUGGCAAUGAUAUUGUUCCAGAAAGCAUGUUGGAAGGCUUUUGGCACAAAUGUUUAACCACCAGUCCCCAUAGGAAUAGGAGCUACAACAGAAGAGCAAACAUACUGCUAUCUGUAGCAAAUUACAUCUCAAAAAUUCCGUGCUCGUACAGCAGCCUGAAACACUUGGAAGAGAUUAUACCUCUGGGAUCAGACAAGACAUUGCUUUGCAGAGGAGUGAACUCCUAUCUUUUGCCUGGGCAGCAGUCUCCAUGGAUUCCUCCCGAUGUAACAAAUUGCCAAAUGUUAUCCCUUCAACAACAAUCAGCUUUUUGUCAAGAUAAAGAAAUAUUUCAGUUAGCUAAAGAACAGCAUAUCCAAUCUGAAAAUUUUACAAUCUUCAAUAUCCUGAGUCAUGGAACGGUUGAGUGCAGCAAUUCCUUGGAAGAUGACUGUGAUACAGAGAUUCCUGGACAGGCACUUAUCUACCGCCCUGCUCGUCAGCAUAUUUAUUCUAUCUUGUUGGAAUCUGGAAAAGGUGGAACCUAUCCUUUGGUGAAGGAGUGGUGUGUCUAUUUUGGAAAUCCUCUCAAGCAGCCAGACCUGAUACAACCUGUACAACCUUCUGUUACAGGUGGAACACCUAAUUUGAAAACACUGUGGCUUGCCAAAGGGCCUGAUGUGGAGAAGCAGCGGUACAGUACAUUUCUGGCAUGCUUUCACCUUCAAGAUGAGAUGGAAGAGCUCCAAGCUCUGGAAGCACCUGUUGCAGGAUUCUGCUGCUUGCUGGCCUAUCUUAUGGUGCAGGUCAAUAGCCUCUCUCUGGAGGACUUAAAUGCAUUUCUGGCACUCAUUCUCUGCCUCAAAGGGAAGUCAGCAGCCCAACUGACAGGCCUGCAGCUUGCAGAAGUCGACCCCAGGGCUGUACAUCUGGGUGCUGUCCUUAUCCGUAGCCUUACGACUUUGCUCAUGGCCAACAGUGCCUGUGGCUUUCCCUUCAGGAUGGAUGAUCUGAUGCCUUGGGCAGUGUUUGAUGGAAAACUUUUUCAAGAAAAAUACCAAAAGUCACACCGAGGUUGCUCUGUGGAAGAACUUCUGGAAGGCAAUGAGUCUUUGUACACACCCUUCCAGAAUCUGAAAUCUCUCAUUUGCAAGGUUUGCAUGGCAAAGAAAAGAACAAUACUGAGCAGACCAAGAGGGAACAGAUUUAACACAGGAAGAGAACAAAGACAUUUCAAUCCCAGGUUCCAACAGCCACACAGAAGUCAUUUUGUUUCUCCGUAUCAUAACCAGAUGAGAGGGUCCACACAAAGACAACUGCAAUCCCAAGGUAGAGGAUCAGGACAUCCACACUCGAGGAGAUAUCACCUUCCUCCUCAGUAAAGAAUUCAUGACUACAAGUGGCAAACUGGGAUGGUGGAAUAGUGCCACUGGGAUAAUUUUUGUUUAUGAAAGCCUGUUUUUAAGAACUUUGCAGAGUAACUGAAUGGUGUGACUGGGGAGAAAAUCACACAAAGCUGAGGCUGUUCAGCUUGUUAAUCACUUAUCACGUUAGGUCUGAGCUUGUUAUGAGACCAGAAUCACUAAAACUUAAGUUACAGGUAUCUGAGGCACAGUAGCAUCCCAGUGUAGCUACAUUGCUUUGUCAUUUGACAAAGGAAAGUCUGAAUUGGUUUUUAUAGCAUUGUGAGGUAUUCCUGCGUUUAAAUUUAAGACCUAAACUAUAAUUUUUGCAUAUUUUUGUAGUAGUUGUUUACAUUACAAUACUUUCCUCACAUGAAUAAUGUGUCAUGUCUAUGCUGUAUUGUGGUUUAUGUCUUGAUUGUGGAUUAUAUCUGUAUUUUAAGGGUUAUCCCAUUGUUACUGAAACCCUGAAAAGUUUGAAACAGGACAUCACUGAUGUAAACAUCAUCUGCCAGUGAAAGUGUGAUCUUGUAAAAUGUAACAGUUUUUUACAAAGGAAAAAAAUUGCAUUUACAUUUGAUACUUUUAAUUGAGCAAAUUUAUACUUCUAGUUAAGCAACUUUUUAUAUUUUUUUUCA